AUGGAUCCCCCGUGGUCCCCGUCGUCCGGGAAGAGACCGCGCAAGCGAAAGGCUCGCUCUCCGUCUCCAGAACAGCCCCCACAUUCUCCCAAACGGGCAUCUGGCUCACAAUUGUCUGCGACUGUCUUGCCCCCAAUCCGCGAAAUGCAGGCUUUCCUUCCUUCCCCAGGCCCGCCCUCUCAGCAUCCAGAGGAUGUAUAUCCCCAGCAUCCUCAGCCGACAGGAUUUCCUUUAUUCUCAAGCAGCGAUUCCCGCUUCGUGUCCCAGGCCGGACCCUCUACUCCCGCUGCAGAGUAUAAUCCCGAGAUCAUGGAUUCAGAACCCGAAGCGGACGCAGAACCAAGCGGACGUCCCAAGCAGAAGCGUCGACGUCAGGCUCUGAGCUGCACGGAGCGCACCCAUGUGGACCAUGUGCUCGGCGUGCUGACCAUUAUCGUGGGCUCCCCCGUAAAAUCCUUCAGCGAUAAAUACGUCAGCCGCGCCGAAUUCGAUGAGGUCAAGGCGCGAUUGGACAAGCUAGAGGCGAUCGUCUACGGUACACCGCCUGCCGCGCUCCCUCCAUCGAGUUCGAUAGAAUUGUCAUCGAGGUCGGCAACCAUAGGCGUAGGCAUGCCGUCCGCGGCCAGCUCCUCACGCCGAUAUACCGAACCCCAUCAUCAAAUCCCUCCGUUUCCAACGGGUCCCUCUCGCAGAGAAGAUUACCCUUCAAAGCACACCUCGUCCGAGCAUUCCAAUCCCGCAUCCGUGCAUGUGACAGCGCCUUCCCAGACAGCGCAUCCAGCCCCAUCACAGCCUCACUCUCAGACUUACCUAGGCCAACCGAGCUCUCAAUCGUCCCCAACAUUCCGUUCGUAUGAAUCGACACGUUCUCCGUCUCACCACUUCGGAGGAAGCGGCGUAGGCGGAGACACCGGUCCAGGAGCCGUGUCCAUUGCAGGCCCUUCCAGCGCUGUCAAACCAUCCCCAUUCUCUCUUUCCGCAAUUACAGCACCUUACAAUACGCCGGUUGCACCUCCCCUUCCACAGCCUCAUCCAAAAAACUCAUACGCGCAGACGUUCACCCCGCUGGGCGAGCGCCUGUGCAUCAGAGUAGUCCAAGGCCCAGCGGCUCCCACUUACCCCCACCUCAGCCACAUAGUCGACAGCCUCAGUCGCAGUUUCACUCCCACUCGCGCUCCGACGUUCCGCCCUUGCUCCUGCAGCCACCGCCGACGUUGCUACCGCCCCCGGCCCGCACGCUGUCAGCGCCCCAUGAUCACGAUGGGCGAAUUGAUCGUUCGAGCCGCGCGAGGGCGCUACCACGGCGGUUCAGCGAUGCGCGCGCAUACGCGUUCCCACCGGAACCUGAUGCUGAUAGCGGCGAAAGGCACACUCCAGACGAGUGAACGUCGUCUUCACGCUCCGGGCGAAUUUUGA